AUGGCAAGUCAUAUAUUAGAUCUUUUACUAGAAGAAAGACCAAAGGAUGCAUAUACCAUUGUUAACCUUGUUGAAAAAACGAAUAUUCGAUUUAUGCACUUGCUACAAGGCAAAGACGUUGCUGAAGAGAUUGACGUCUUCUACACUCCUGCUUAUGCCGCAGGAGACGUAGUUGCCGAUAGCCUGAUUAGCAAUGUGCUUCUUAGCCAGACUUACUACAAACCAGACAUCGUCUCCAUCAUCAAAACACUUUGUGGAAUGCCCGGGCCAUUACAUGAUGGCUCAGCUGCUUACUUGUUAUCAACUGACCCUGAGAUUACAACAGCCACGGCAGCAGCUCGUUUAGCCCCGCACUUGACCAGUAUUCCAUUACCAGUAGAAUUCAUUGGCAGAAACUAUGCCGAAUUACGAAGCAUUAGGCAAUGA